UAUCUGCAUUGCCUUCAGCACUAUUUUUGUAUGUUGUUUUGUUAUUUGUAUUUUUCUUGUAUUUAUUCAAUUUGUAUUUAUUGGUUGUAUUUCCUGUACCAUUUCCUUAGUUUCAGAUUUGGAUGUCUGUAUUGCCAAUGCAAUUUUUAUAAGGUCAUCAAAUUUCGCAUCUGGUGAUUCUUGGAGAAGCCGUUCUUUGAUUUCUGAAUUUCUUAAACCUCUUAAAAGACAUGUGGACCAAAUUAUAAAAACUUCGUGCAUGUCUUAUAAUGCGGAACCAGGGACUUAUCGAAUUCACCAUAAGAGUCACCAAGAAACCAUACCUACGGAAAACCUGAAGGCCGACUAGAGGCAAAGAAUGGACAACCGUGUCCAGUUAAAACGACAGAGAUACACCUAGUACAAAGCCCCGCGAAACGGAACUCCCGAAAGUCUUACGAAGGAGCAACAGUUGACCGACCAGCAUAGAGAGCCAGAACCGGUGGAACUCACACUAUCACAUAUAACAGCAGAAACACACCAGGAGACAAUACCACGUCGCUCGGAGAGAAUAAGAAGAAAGCCAGAUCGACUGAACCUAUAACGCAAGGAAUAGUUAACGCAGGGGAGACUGUUAGAAUGUUUCUGAACGAUGAACGUUUCUAAACGUAAUCAGUGCGCCACCUAUGGGAGUAUGAGAGAAACAUUCUUUUUGGGUCUUAUGUCAUGAACGAAAUUGCGCACUCAUAUUAUUGUGAUUCUUAACUCGUUUAUAAAUAUAUACCUACAUUUAUCUUGUGCCUAAUAAAUAAAACUACAUUAUUUAAUUGUGCAUUCUUUAUACUACGAGUACAGCAUACAUAACAUUUAAUCACUAAACGAAAUGUUAGAUUCAUAAAACGAUGCCAUCUGGUGGCGAAACGGAGUUCGCCGGGUUUGCUAGUAUACUAUAAGAAUGGCGCAGUUAUCGACCUGCCUAUGACUAACAACACGAUACAAGCUGUGUAAUAUAUAGCUAUCUUUUUCGCACUCGCGCGUUUAUUAACAUUUUUAACACUUACUACAGUUUCCAUUCCACUCAGUUAAGGUCGUUUUCGGGCAACUGAGGUUUUGUGACGUAAAAUAUUUUUUUAUUAUAAUUUUAUUAAACUAGUUCAAGAUCACAGUGAAGACAGUAUUUAUUAAACUUUAUCAAGUCAUAUUACUGGACUCAGCUCAAUUGAUUGGACAGCAGACACAAAGUUGGCAUCUAAACGUUAGGAUUUCUACUAAUUGGCGCUGUCUACAAGGAAAAAGAUUCAUUUACAGACGCAAGAAACUAUAUCAAGAUACUGAAUAAAAUAUUUGAUUAGGAGCAGAGCAGCACGAAAAUGUUCGAAGAUGGAACUCCAAACAGUGAUGCGGAACCAAUGAGUGAAGAAAUACCAAUGCAACCAGACUUGAGUAAGGCCGGGGGAAGAAUAUGCCGCAAGAAAAGUCAAGUUGAAUCCAACAAUUCUCCUCCCCCCAAAGCCAAAAGAUAUUUUACAAGACAGUCACUUAGAAUACCUUCAUCAAGUAAUAACAAUAAUACCGUUAGUUUGCCGAAUGAAACUACGAAAAAGGAUCUUCCGUCAACUAGCCAUUGUGUUGAAAAUAGCGAUAAGACUAACAACAACCAAGAAAACGAACAAUCAGCAAAUAAUAAUUCAGAGCUAAUGAGAAAAUGGCAAAUUAUAACAGCUUUUAGGACUAUGUUUGGUGAUAACUUCAAAGAAAUGUUGGAACAACUUCAUAGUAAGUUUGAACACAACCAAUUAGUGUUGGAGAAAAUGCAGCUUGCAUUUAAGGAAAAUUGUAGGAUCAUAAAAACGUUUAUUGAGCUAACGGAUGAAGCCAUGAAUGCUCUUUCUAAUAGUGAUCUUGAUUCUGCAGUGAAAGAAUUAGAAAAUAGUAUGAUGGAAGUAAAUAUAAAUAAAAACAAUUCAGAUAAACCAACCGAAUCAAAAGUACAAAAUGACACUCGAAAAGAAGAGAAGAAACACAGCAUUGACAAUACAGAAGCUAAAAAGAAUAAUCCACUGAAUAAGAUCCGUGGCCAAUCGCGUAAAUUUACUUUACCACCAGAGUACGAUCCGAAUGACUCAAGAUGGACCUUAAAGCAUCGGGAAAUGAAAAGUGGUCUCGUUGAACUCCUACCAUAUUCACGGAUAUACAUUGACGCCAUUCAACUAAGCCAUUGUAAAAUAACCUCGAAAAACAGCAAGACCCUUGCACGAACAUUGUUACUACAAAUUUUUACCGAGAACGCAUUGAGUGUAUGUUCUCCAACUGGAAAAAAAGCCAAUGCAUUUGAGUCAGAGGGAACAAGUGUAAGGCCUGGUCUAGAUCAACAUGCAAGAACUGUUUUAUUGAACUACAUUAAAAAACAUGCGGCUGAACAAAAUUGGGUCGAAGUUGAUUCGCAACUGAUAUCAAACACUAUUCGUAACAAAAUGCAAGAAAUAAGAGGAUGAAAGUAAAUUUAAAACAUAUAUUAAGCGCGAAUUAUGUAAUCAAGCUUACUACAC